UACCUAAGGAUAAAAGUGAAAACGUACAACUACCGUACCUGCAUGACCUGUGACAAUAUAAAACACAGUCAAUAUUGCACCACUACAGCGCUACAUGCACAGGGUCUCAUGUAAAAUUGUUACGCCACGCCCACUAGAAGUUAUUUAGGUAAGAAAGUACAUGAGACCCCACAAAUCAAGAGCGUCAAAUGAAUUAUAUUUCAAUUGCUCAAACUCUGUCUUACAUACAGACAUAAGCAGAUCUAGACGAUAAUGUUAUACUUAGAAGAUUACGUUGAAUUAAUUGAGCACCUUCCGGUGGAUGUGAGAGAUAGAUUUACUGAUAUGCGUGAAAUGGAUUUACAGGUUCAAAAUACUGUAGAUGAUUUGAAUGGAAGAGUUAAGUCAUUAUUUCGUGCAUGCCUUGCAAAGAAAGGAAAGAUUGAUAAUGCCGAUGAAACCUUCGAUGACAUUCGAGCAACUUAUCGCAAGGCAUUGGAUGACGCCGAUGAGAAAGUACAAUUGGCAAAUCAAAUAUAUGAUUUGGUGGACCGACAUCUUCGGAAACUAGAUCAGGAACUUGCAAAAUUUAAGAUGGAAUUAGAAGCAGACAAUGGAGGUAUUACUGAAAUUCUGGAAAGAAGAUCAUUGGAGCUGGAUAACCAUGUAUCUCAAACUGGCCACUCGAGUAGAAAACGGCUUGCACAUGCCACCACAGUAGCUUCAAGUUCUGCUGCCAUUUUGCCUGGAACAUCAAAUGGACCUGUGGAUAAAAAAUUGAGAUUGGAUGGUGCUUUUGAUUUGUUGUAUUCUCAUUCCGAAUCGGCACCACCUUCGGUAUUAUCACCAGAUUUCUCAACAAUAACUUCAGGGAAUGAUGUAGAAAGAAGUAACAGUCGGCCUCCAUCAAGAAAUUCUACUACGGGUACCGGUCAAUCUAUCAUUAGUGCUCUCCAGACUCCAGUUGCUACAGAGGGACAGUCAGUAAGGCAUCCAGGAGGUUUGAAAACAAAUAACAUUGGAAUUAAACUGUCAGAAACUACUAUCAAACAGGAGGAUUUCCAACAAGGAUUACCCCCAGAUUUUGUUGACUGUAAAUUGCCUCUUAGUGAGGACAUGAUGGAUGAAGACUCUUGCCAUUCCACUCAGGAUGGUCUAUUAAUGUCACCCACAGGUUCAAGACCAUCUAGAACGAAAAAACAAACUUCACGUGCAGCUGCUUGGACUCAAGAGCGCAUGCAGGCUGAGGCUAGGCGUGGUCAUGCACGAGAAAAAGAUCAUAUUUCACCAAACAGCUCUAUGGUUGAACUCGUCGGAGAAAGCAGUAAUGCUUCUUCUGAUUGGACACUCGAUCCUAAUGAGCCGCGGUAUUGCAUCUGUAACCAAGUGUCGUAUGGUGAAAUGGUUGGGUGUGAUAAUAGUAAAUGCACAGUGGAAUGGUUCCAUUAUGGCUGUGUUAAUCUCACUGAAGCACCAAAAGGAAAGUGGUAUUGUCCACAGUGCACUCAAACGAUGAAAAGGCGAAAUAAAAACAAACAAUGAUAGUGGGCCGAAUAAAUCUCUAGUUAUUACAAAUUCUUCUAUUAUAUUGUGAUUAUCUUCGAAUAAACCUGCCAAUCUUUAGAGUAUGUUACCACUGCAUGCGUGAAGCGACUACGCCCUCGGUAACUAAAUCAAAAUAAAAUUGUUCACUUUAUAUCAAAUUCGGUCAUGCAUGUCCCGUCUACGCUUAUAUUUGUUCUGACUGGUGAGGCGUUCUGCUCCGUUUCUUAAAUAAACUUACUCAAGCUUGUAACAGUCAGCUUCAUCAGGAUCUGCUUGAAUUAUUUUAUUUUCAAUAGUUUACGAGCUUGUUUGGGAUCGCUACUGUGUGGAGUUCUGUUCUACCUACAAUUCACCAUCAUUGAUUCACCAUAUUGAUUAGUUACCCUAAUCAGUUUGCUAUAAAUAAUAUGUCGAAGAAGAAUACA